UAACGUUCGAAGGGUUAAAUAUGCCAAGAAAAGUCACCUUGAAAACGGACCGUGCCUCGUCGUAGUCGUCGUCGUUGGGUCCUGAGAGAGAGCACCUUCUGUCGGGACCAUGCUGGGGUCCCGAACACCAAGAGCCGAAGUUUUACGUAAGGCGUCAUUAAGUUACCGUGCGAUAUGAUAACUCAACAAAAAAAAUAUCGAAAAAGAGAAAUUCGAUGAGAUACCUUUCACCUGUUUCAUAGUAGGUCAUGGCAAUUUUUCAUCUUAUCGCGUAGUUAAUGCUUUUGCAUGUUCGUCAACGAUUCCGCUUGCGACUAGACGACCGUUACUUCGAUAUACGAAAACAGUUACCUUUAUCUAAAGACUUCGAAGUAGGAUCGAACAUCCACCGAAUCUGAUUCCUGAACGUGUCAAGCCCGUAUCCUUUGGUACUUACGUAUGUAUGCCAGUUCGAAGACGUUAAAGAGAAGUCUUAUAGAUCGUGCAUGUAACCAGAAACGUCCCAUGACAUUAUUUCCUAGAUCAGUUAUUCAACAUUGUGUAGAUUCAGCAGUGUGUAAGUUUAAGUCGUAUUUAUGUUGCUUAAGCUAUUUAUUACUUGGAUAAUUUCGAUAAAAUCUUCUUUCAAAUAGUUAUCAUUAAUAACUCGAACUACAUUGUUUUCUGCUACGUCAUAUGGAUCUUCUUUCCCACGGUUGCACAAAGUUCAAUAAGUAGAUAAGGAUUUUGUGUUGCGGGCAUUCGUUCGAAUUAAUAGCAUCGGCAAGUGUUCGAAGACGCCGUUCUCAUUUGUGAAUCCCCAAGAGAAGGAAAGAGUACAGAGGAUGGGAUCGGUGUUAGCCCGCAACGCAAAGGAAACGGGGAACUCGUCUCGAAUUUUCGAUGAUCUAGAUCUGGGUAGCACCAGGAAGCCAGGACCGAAGGCAAAAUUACCGGUGCCCAUGAAGGAAGGAGGCCUCGUUCGCUUGCCUCGAGAGGUCAGAGGGCGAUAGCGGUACCUUCUUCUUCACCGAGGAAGGCCUCAUCCUCCUUCGUCCUACCACCUAUCAAGCUGAUAUGUAUUGCACGCUCCAGUACAAACGUUCCUUGCCGAUGCGCGCGCACAGGUAUACACGUAUACACGUACGUAUAUACGUAUAGACGAGUAAAGCACAGGUAAAGUAGAGCCUACGAGAAUAGAACAUGGCUCGUAUCGAAAGGUUCGAGUGUUCGUGCGAGGAAUACCUAAGGAUGGCCGGCGGCGAUUACGCGCGGCCAACCGAGUUCUAUGACAGUAGAAACGAAAGAGGGAUAUGCGGAGGAUGGGAGAGAAAGGAGGACGAAGAACAAGAGAGAUAGAGAGAGAGAGAGAGAGAGAAAAGGAAGGAUAUUAGAAGGUGCUCUCCCGCAGCGCUAGACGAAAUUUGUCAAGUAACCGGUGGAUCCUAAUUUGUUCUCGUGCAUGUCUAGAACAUGAUGGAAGCCAUAGGUGGCUUGGUUGAUUGUUUCGCUAGACGAUGAGUUUAUGUCUAUCUCUUUAACGUUCCUGUUCUUAAUGACGUUAUAGCUAGACGAUUGGUAAACGUACACGCGACACCAUGAAACCGUAUUGCGAAGAAAGGUCACGAAGAAGGGAAAGCUUUCCUGUAAUAGGAUCUAUUAAAAUGGCUUUGUUGGUUUUAAAGGUCGUUACUUUCGAUGGUCACGAUUUGCAAUAAAAAGAUUCACGAUAUUAAGAUCGUAAGUAGUUCGACGAGCGUUGUAAGAUAUUCAAGAAUGACGUCAGGGAUAUCACCGGAAUGGAUGACGAUGGACAGCUUAAAAAGUCGAAGAAAUCGCGUGGGUACCAAAAUCUAUCAUCGUAUUCGCCAACGAAGCUCCUUUCUUAUUAAACAUCAAGAGUGAAAUAGAGAGAGAGAGAGAGAGACGACGACGAUGACGACGACGGGUGUGUAGGUGAUUCUUGAAAGAGUGGACCAACAAGAGAGAAUAAUUUCAAGUGGUUAUUUGGAUGUGGCAGAAUUUAAGAGAAUCAAUGACUCGUCGUUCUCCUUCUUCGACGACAGCAGCUUGCAGUUAAACGUGCGCAGGUGGUGGUGGUCAGCUUCCACGGUUUAACUCGAGGAAGACGUCGUACCGAUCUGUUCAAAGAUUUCCGAGAUACAAGCGAGGAUUCUCUCGAAUGGAAAAGAAUCCAAGCGGCAUGCAAAUCGCGUAAGACCGUAACGAGGAUACAUAACGCUAUGGACGCACAGAAUCUUUCUACUACUCUCGUCCUUUUUGUAUUCGUGCUCGUUGCUCGUUCCGAGAUAGAAGAAGAGGCGCCAAGAAGUAAUGUCGUAGAAAGAGCGAUUAUGACACCGACGACGACGACGACGAUGGUGGUGGCGGUGGCGGCUGUGUGACUGCCUGCUUUUCGUCCCAGAAAUUUAUUGCUCCAUGUUGUUGCGAUGCGCGCAAGUAGCACCUACAGGAGAGCAGUAUCUACGGAUGAUGUAUCAUCGACGUAAUGCUCAAGAGAAUUUCGUCUACUUACUUACGGAGGCGUCGAUCAAUGGCCACAACCACAUCCGGACUUAUCGCCGUUUCUAUUCUCUAUUGGAAUAUCUUUUUCUUAUCAACGGAAUAAUAAUCAAAUCAAGAGGAAAAACGACAACAACGACAAGAGAAAGAUGUUCCUAGUGCGACGAGAGCUUUUUCGUUUCGAUCAAGAAGGUUUAUAGAAAAAAUCAGGGAAGCAACGAUCUAUCGAAGCUGAUAAAACGAAUCGUGUCAAAAUAGAAAAGUAAAAAUGGAAGGAUAAUUGGAGACGCUUCUGAUUAAUUUUGGUAAAUGUCGGUAAAGAUAAGAAAGACAUUGGAGGAUGACGUAUAUCGUGCAUCAGGACAGUCAGGGGCGGCCUCGUCUCGUCAAGGGCCCACCGUGCUGGGCGAUCGAGGAGGUAACGACCCGCAGGGUCAAACUCGAUCGGCCGAGAAGGAAGGGGUAAGGGGAGGAAGAAGCUGCCAGCUGAGAAGAAGUCCACGCGAACGUAUCGACAAUGAAAAAAAGUCGCGAGGGAAACGCGUUGUACGAUCCUCGGAUAGAAGGAGACUGCGAGUAGAGUUGCUGGUGGUAGAUACGAGAGAAGGUGAUGGAGAAGGACCAAGAAGCUUGGCAAAGAAGAGAGGAAAAGAAAGAGACGUUGCUUCGAGAUGCGAUCGUUCGCGAACGAUCGUCUCCUUCUCGCUGCCUGAAUCGUUUCUGCAGAUGGUCGACGUUCCUUCGACUUUUUUACAUUCUUUCCAAUAACCAGAGGACAAUAACAGGACGCGGCGAUGUUCGACUUACAAUGGCCGAAAAAGUCGUACCUGGAGUUUCAUCGAGGGAUCGAUUCGACACAAUUUGAUUCGUGCUCGAAAAAUAGGAAAUGGAGUUGGAGCAGCAGUCAAAGGGAGAACGAGACUCGAUAUUCGUCAAAUAAAACCUACGAGUCUUGAGAGACCGGCGACAGCAGCGUAUCCAGAGAACUGAGACAGUAUAUCCAACUUCCGCGAACCGUAAAGUCCUCUUUCUCUAUCGACGGACCGAAAACAAGAUGGAGGCUUUACGAGAAUAAUAGAAGAGUCGUCAUUACGACGAUGAGCUCAGCGUCGAUCAGCGAUUUGGAUAUCGACAACGGUUAACACGACGACGUCCAACUAUUAGACGGCAUCGGCUAAAAGCGUAGUGCUUGCUACGAGAACUACUCUCUUCGACGUCGAUUUAUCGUGACGCGUAGACUUGCUUGCAAAAAGAAGAAAGACGAGGAAGAAGAAGAAGAAGAAGAAGAGGAAGAAGAUGAAAGAGAGAAAGAGAGUGAGCGAAUGAGUGAGAGAGUCUUCGUUCGUUUGAUCGAAUGCCGCAAUGAUUGCCUCGACUGAUAUCUGCUCCCGCAUCUCUGGCUAAUGAUUAUUAGCUUAUCGAAUCAUCCUGGUAGGUAGGAUAAGGCUACGCAGAUAUACACCUUGCAUCGGUAUCGUCGGCUUCAUCGGACCCGAGGGAUCGUGACUUUCGAUUCGUGGUGUAAAUCGAGCGAUGUAAUAAACUCUGAUUGCGAAAUAUAUCGCGUUGCCCGCUUGGAAUGCACGAUACGACGACGAUAUUUCAAGGAACGAUUUCCGUGUCCUCCGAAGGUUCCACUUGAAAUGACCGGUGUGGUAGAGAGUUGAUAUAUCGUCGAGGAAGCUGACACAACACAGCCCUUUUAAAAGGGAACGGCCUUCUGUUUUUGAGAACGUGUCCCACACAGAGAGAUCGGCAUCUACCUCUCCGGUUUAUUCGAAGCGUGUUGGUUCUCGUCUUACGUUUAGCGCCGGGGGAGUAGAAAGUCUCGUGCUAUAAGAGUAGUCCUCUUAGGAAGGAAGAAAUAGACGAGAAGAAGAAGAAAAAAAGAAGAAGAAGAAGAAAGGAAAAGAAAGCAAAAGAAAUAUGGAAGGGGUUUCGGAAAUAAGAAGAAGGAACCGACGCGAGACGACGACGAGGACGACGACGACGACGAGAAGAAGAAAAGAAGAACUUCGAGGAACAACUAAAGCUUCGUAUUUACAAGAAGAGAAAUAUAUAUAUAUACAUAUACAUAUAUAUUCUAUACGAAGAUUCUCAGUUGGAAAGUGAAAAUAUACAAAGGGGUGCUGUAGGGGAAUUAAGAGAUAGACGCCUACGUUCGAACGAGCCUUCCUGUCUCCCAACUAUAUAGCACAUUGUGUUCCACGUAGGAUCCAACGCGGAAGCUGUACACUAUACAUACAUAUACAUAUAUACAUAUAUAUGUAUAGGACGUCAACCGGGAGUGGAUUCUUCGAGGUGCAGAUCCUUUCGUUGACGAACAACAGGGGCACCCUGGUGGACGGCAGGUGUUGCGGCGGGGGUGGGGGAGAUGGAAAAGGUGGCUUACCACCGUGCACGACCUCCUGUUCCACGGCCUUCUGGUUAUGCCUGAAGGAAUAUCAGUCGAAUGUCACUGCCAUAGGCUCGUGUAGCUUUGGCAACGUAUCUAGUCACGCCCUUGGUCAGAACACCUUCACCCUCACCGAACCUGUCACCUUGCAACUGCACUUCACUUUCCGAUGGACCAGGCAAUUUACGCUGAUUCUACAAGCGAGAGACGAGGCGAGCGCCGGCGUCAUCGAGGAAGCGAGCUACAGCGGAAUCGUCCUGCCUGGCCCAACGUGGCACACUCUCAAUCAUCAGGGCAGAAAUGCUCAUUUGGCUUAUCGCGUGCGCGUCCAAUGUGCGGAUCAUUACUACAACGCGACUUGUACCAAGUUCUGCCGGCCGAGAAACGACAUAUUCGGUCAUUACACCUGCGACGAGAACGGCGAUAAAGUCUGCAUACAAGGCUGGAAAGGUUCCGAUUGCGAGAUAGCUGUCUGCAAAGAGGGUUGUCAUCCCGUUCACGGCCAUUGCAACGUAAGUGGUGAGUGCAAGUGCAGACACGGUUGGAGGGGUGAACUUUGCGAUCAGUGUACACCCUAUCCCGGAUGCAAGCACGGCUAUUGCAACGGCUCCAGUUGGCAGUGCAUAUGCGACACGAACUGGGGUGGCAUACUCUGCGACCAAGACCUCAAUUACUGCGGCACGCACGAGCCAUGCCAGAACGGUGGCACGUGCGAGAACACGGCGCCGGAUCAGUACAGAUGCACAUGCCCCGAAGGAUUCUCCGGACCGACUUGCGAGAAGGUCGACAAUCCUUGCGCCUCGAGUCCGUGCGCCAACGGAGCAACCUGCAUCGAAUUAGGUGAAAGCGCUCAUUGUGAGUGCGCGCCUGGUUUUACGGGGCCUUUGUGCGCGACCGACAUCGACGAGUGCGCCUCGCAACCCUGUCAAAACGGUGGUACCUGCGUCGACGGUAGAAACGGCUUUGUUUGUAACUGUCCACCUGCCUGGCAAGGUUCUCUUUGUCAAUUCGACGUCGACGAAUGUGCGCUCAAGGAAUCACCUUGCAAGAAUUCCAUCAGUUGCGUUAACCUCGCCGGUGAUUAUAGAUGUCGGUGUCGAAGCGGCUUUAACGGCAAGAACUGUACGAAGAACAUCAAUGAUUGCGUGGGACAAUGUCAGCACGGUGCACUGUGCAUCGAUCUCGUUAACGAUUAUCAUUGUAGUUGCACGGCUGGUUAUUCCGGCAAGGACUGCGACGUCGACAUCGACGAAUGUGCCUCGAAGCCAUGUCAAAAUGGUGGAGAGUGCAGAGAUCUGGUAAACGCUUAUGAGUGCGUCUGUCCUGUUGGUUUCACCGGUUAUCAGUGCGAGAUCGAUCGCGAUCAUUGCAGUCCAAAUCCCUGCAGAAAUUCAGCGCCAUGUUUCAACACCCAAACCGAUUACUACUGUCACUGUCCGGAACAGUGGCAGGGAAAGAAUUGUAGCGAGUCAGCCUCGCAGAAUCCGCAGUUUGGCGAGAAUACGGACGAUCAGUUAGGUUGCGGCAGCGAAGGAACGCCUUGCGGUGGCAGAGGAAGAUGUAGCGGCGACAAAUGCAUCUGCGACCCGGGAUAUACCGGCGUACACUGUCACGAGAAUAUCAACGACUGUCGCGGCAAUCCCUGCUUGAACGGUGGUACCUGCGUUGAUCUCAUAAAUUCGUUUCAAUGUAUCUGCAGGGAAGGUUGGAGCGGAGAUCUGUGCGAUCAAGACGUAGACGAGUGUAUGGCGUCACCUUGCCGUAACAAUGGCACAUGCGUCGACGGCGUCGCCGACUUCACCUGCAUUUGCCGAAACGGUUGGAAGGGAAAAACUUGUGCCCUUCGAGGUGGCCAUUGCGAGCCUGGUACUUGUCGUCACGGAGGAACUUGCCAAGAUCGCGGAGAUGGCUUCACGUGUCACUGUCCACCCAGCUGGGAGGGUGCAGCCUGUCACAUAGCAUCUCCAGCUUGUGCCAGUAAUCCUUGCGAGAACGGAGCAACCUGCGUUAAUACGGCCGAUGGAAACUACAGAUGCGUUUGCCGCGAGGGUUUCGAAGGGCCGAAUUGUCUUCGCGACGUCGACGAUUGUCAACCGUUGCCUUGCCUAAAUGGUGGUAAAUGCGUCGACGGAGUGAAUUGGUUCAGAUGCGAGUGCGCACCGGGCUUUACCGGGCCAGAUUGUCGUAUCAACGUGAACGAGUGCGCGAGCGAUCCCUGCACCGCCGGAGCGACCUGCGUCGAUGGAAUCGCCAGUUACUCUUGCGUUUGUCCACCGGGCAGGACCGGUAUUCGUUGCGAGAUUCGCACGGCCGGCGGUCCAGGAUGCGUGGCAGCGAGUUGGGAAGACGACUGCAACAUUUGCGAGUGUCGAAGCGGAAAGAAUCGAUGUAGUAACGUCUGGUGCGGUCAGGGUAACUGCUUGAACGGUACGUCCUGUCUGGCGCACGAGGUAUGCGUUCCAAGCCCGGGAGAAAGUUGUCUCUCGCCGCCCUGUCCAGCUUGGGGUGAAUGUCGACCGGUGGAAACUGGAAGAAGAGUAGGACCACCGGCAUUACCGGCACCACCCUCCUGUUGGCCUGGUCAAGCGACACCAGGACCAACGUGUUCGAGACUGACCAUACUUUUGAGAAGGGACACUUUGGCCUCCGGCACGUCGGUCGAAUUGCUCUGCCGUAGAUUGAGAAAACUCUUGGCCGAUCCGAGGCGACCGCAACUGAUAGUUCUACUUUGCGAUCUCAAGCCGGGUGACAACGACACGGUCGAAGUCACGAUUUUCUCGGAAACGGCAGCCGACGCAGCCAGAGAUUUGGGCGAAGCACUUAGCCGUCCUAUGGGCAGACCGCUCGCUCUUGCCUCGGUCUUAGAGGUCAAAGUUGAAACCGCUCUCAUCAGCGAGCCCAGUUCCAAUUCCAACAACGUGGCAGGUGGAUACGUAGCCGUUCUUGGCGGUGCUCUGGCAACCGUCCUUCUACUUGCUCUCUUCGGAGGACUCUGGUAUCUUAGGACAGCGAGGCAACGAUCGAGCUUGACUGCGACAACCAGCAGCGAGACGUCCUUGCAUCGUCAUCGCAGUGACCUCGACGAAAAGUCGAAUAACUUGCAAAACGAAGAAAACCUAAGAAGGUACGCAAAUCCUUUGAAGGAUCAAGAUCCCGAACCACGAGUGUCCGUGGUGAGACCAUUGUCCGGUGCUUCGCUCGGUCCUCUCGGUACGACGGAAGAGAGUCUCGAGAUGGUAUCGGAAGAAGGAAGACAUCGUCUACCACCUCUCUACAAACCGCCCAGCGCCGAAACGAGAAACAACACGGCGAGUUUUAGUUACGAGGAGGGACCUCACAAACCUUACACCAAACCGAGAAUACAGGAACCAACGUACUCGCAUCAGCAACCUGGCACGAGUCAGACCUCGGGUCCUCAUCAAGUGUUAACGGUACACGUUUGAACGUCCUCUCUUUUCUACCACAUCACGGAUUUCGAAUUUCAUUGCGAUUUCACUCGAUUUUUAAACCGUGCUUGAAAACUCCCAGACAGCGACUACCGCUUGAGUAUUUGCUGUCUGGUAAAGGAAAACAAGUGUCUUUGUAAAACGUAUUUAUGGACGCUAACAAAAUUACUGGCGUGCUAAGAUCCUUACGUUAAAAGACACGCACGUGCUGAAAAUGUCUUACUUCACUGAUAUUCCGUUAAAAAAUUUAAGGAAAAAAACUAUUCGACGAUCGAAAGACGAACAAAAACUUGUAUCUUGUCUUCCCACAAGUGAAGUUACGUAGGAAAAACGAAAUCUAUCGUAAAUUGUUAAAAUUUCUAUUUAAUCUUUUUCUACGUGUUCCAGAGUUCCCUUUUCUUAUGACUUCAUGAUGCGACAAUAAGCGCGAUCGCGACGAUUAUAAGUAACUAUAAUGAUAACAUUAUCUCUUGUUAUCGUUGUACAUAUGUAUAUAGCUCGUACUUAGUAAUUUUCGCUGUGACUGCACCGCUUCCAAGUGUCGGCAAUCACGACCCUUGAUAUCUUAAAGUUUGAUACGCUGUUGUUCUCGCAUAAUAAAUAGAGAUCGUACGCGUUCGUUGUUAUCAUAUAAACAAAUCCUUUAGGUGAGGCACGUCGAAGUAAACGAAAAGAAAAAAAGAAAAACAAAAAAAAAUUAAUAAAUAAAAUAAAAUAAACAAGAACAUAUGUAUGUAUGUACACGUACACGUAUUAACCGGGGUGAGAUUCAAAUUAUCCAUGGAUGAUGUCGUUCUCGAAAACUUUUUUGGGAGACUUUUGUCCUCGUAAAAAUGCGUUACUUACACGUACAACGUACCGUAUAUUAACACGUACUGCUUACGAUUUUAUUGUUAGAUUAAAACUGAUUACUCUACUAAGCAACGGACACCGGAACCGGAAACGCGUUAAUCCUUGCGUUUGGAUACUUACCAAACGUCUCUUAAAUUCACUCCAGUGAAAUCUUUUCCUAAGACUUACAAUACAUGCAUACAUACAUACGUGUAAUAUGCCGAUAAUGUGCGAUAGAUCGAUUGCGAAAUAUAUGUAUUUAGAAUGGUGUAACCUUCGGACGUUCCUUUCGGACGAUAUUAUUGUGAUACUAUUACGGAACGACUUUCCCACGGUCGUUUUCUACUUUUCUCUCUCUCUCUCUAUCUCUCUCUCUCUUUCUUUCUCUCUCUCUCUCUCCGUGUUUCUUUUUUCUUUUUUCUCUCUUUAAUUUUCUUUUUUCUUUUGUUAAGCCUCUCGUUGUAAUCCUCAUUCGACUUUCAGCUCAAAUUAAAACUGAGCACGAAAGAAGCGAAUCGAAUUUCGCAGCACUAUAUCGUCAUAAACGAAAAACGUAUAUAUUGUGUAUGCGCCGUGUUGAGAAGACAAAAAAAACGAACAAGAAAAGCAGUGAAUUUGGCAAUACCUUUACUAGGUAGUACGGUGUAUGCAAAGUACGAACGUCUAUCGGCAUCUCGAAGCGCUCGAGAAAAUGCGAUGUAGGUUAAGAUAAUGAAAGCAAGGAAGUGAAAAAAAAAAAAUAGAAAGAAAAGACAAGAAAAAUUAGUGUAAAUACGCCGCUUUUACUUAACGAUUGACUAUAUUUCAGUACGACUAAAAGGAGAAAAGUGAAAGAACCUCUGAUCCUAAUUAUAUUUCUCUCUCUUUUUCCUUCUCUCUUCUUCUAUAUCUUCAUCUCUCUUCUCUCUCUCUCUCUCUCUCUCUCUCUAAAUAAUUUUACUCGCGUAAACGAACGUGCGUUUUUAAUUUUAAUUUAAUCGAUAAGUCACAAAUGUGAUUUUUCUAUAUUCGAUGUUAUCUCAUAGAGAUAGUUGUCAAAAUGAAUAAACUGGUAGGUCUCUCGUACUUUUGAUUCGAUUCACUAUAGUGAUCGAUUAAUCUCGUACUUCGAUAUGCGAUUAAUAAGAAAAAGAGCGGCGUAGUCAGCCUUCGCGAAGAAUUGUAAAUAGAAUAAUAAUUCCUUUCCCCUUUUUAUCCACAAGUACAUGGAUCGGAUCAUUCUUUUGCCGAGCUCCCUAGCAGAACUCUUUAUCUAGAUGUGCAAUUUUCUUUUGUGGUCUUUUUUAUAUGUUUCGUGUUUUUUUUUUAUUUUUAUUAUUAUUAUUAUUUUUUUUUAAUAUCGUUCCAGCGAUUUUACGAGCGAAGCGUCGAUUAGUUUAUAAACGAGUUGCAUAGCUCGCGAUAGGCAUACGACACGAUAGUUUAACACGAAAGAAACGAAUUUCUUCUUCUACUUCCUUUUUUCUUUUCCUUUUUUUUUCCUUUAAUAAAAUAAAUCCUUUAUUUUUUACGAAGAAAAAUUAUAUCACCGUAGGAAUAUACAUAUAGGUCCGCGACGAUUUAUAUAUAUAUAUAUAUAUAAAAAUAAAUAUAUUAUAUAUUAUAUAUAUUAAAUAUUAUAUAUAUAUAUUA